GAACUAUGCUGUAAUUUCGUGUUUUAAGCAUGACUACAUGCCACUACUCCCUUUCUUUUUCGCUCUUUAAUGUAUAUAUUUUCUUAUUAUUUUCUUCUUUCAUCUUUCAACGUGUUAUUAAAAGCACAAACGAUAAUAGCCUAAUUCGUAACAUUAUUUGUGCAAAAAUUGGACUCAUUUUGUUCAGCACGAUUAACCUUUAACAUGAUUAGAAUUUCUCAUUCCUCGCCCAGAUCAAGUUCAAUUAAAAAAGAAUGGCUUAGUGUUGUCUGCACUGCCCUUAAAACUUGUCCGUAAUGUUUCUGAAAUGACUAAUAAAUGACAGCUAGCACCACCUUAUUCAGGCCUUUUCAUGUUUUAUGUGUAUUUCUAUUAUUUAUUUUAAAAGUCUAACUGAAACUGAAUUCAGUGUGCAGAAGUAUGUAAACUACACAAAGUAAAAAUUUUGAAUCAUGCAAUAUUCAUUAUUUCUUUUGCCUUUAAACACAAUUACAGCAAACAAUCGAUGCUUUACAUGUUUAUUAUUAUCUGAAUAAUCUCAAUCUCUGUACCACAUAGCAAAGUCUUAGCACUGUAAAAACUCUUAACAGUUUUAGGAAGGAGCAGGAGUCAUGAUUUUUAGGGGUCCCCAAACCCCUGUGUUUUGCAGCUAAUAAUCUUUUUUUGAGUCUAGACGUCUCCAUUUAUGUCAGUUUUUGUAUUCUUUUCAGGUCUCCAAAAGUUACAUUGUUUUUUUAGUGAAAUAUUUGACAAAAAAAUAUCAGUACAACUUUUCAUCUUGCAUCUAAAAAUUAUAGAAUCAUAAAAUCUUUAUAUCAGAGGAAAAUUGCCUACCAGUUGGUACAUCUGACAUGUAUCUCGAUUUAUUUAUAUAAUUUAUAUUUAUAUUAUUUAAAUGUAAAAUUGUAUUCUUUCCCGAUAUUACCCCGUGGGCACAUGGCUUUUUGAUUCCAAUAAUAAAAGUGAUCAGAAAUCGGUGCUUUGGUAAAAAAAAAAAAAAAAAAAUAAAAUAAUAAUAAAAAAUCUUGCGCCCUCUUUCGGCCAUUCCUUGUAUGGCAAAAAUAAGGCAUUUUCGGAAGGAACCACCUCAGCCACCUAAUUAACCAAAAAUGCAUUACACGAAACAAAGAGACUAUUUAAUAUCGCCAGGCACUAGGUUUAUCUAAUAAUGUGUAUAUUUAAGCAUAAUACGUUUACACCUCAUUUUCGCUCAGCACGUGCUCACUUUCUCCUGAUAAUUUUUUGGCCGCCCCUAUUAGGAAAGCUAAAGUGGGCUGGUCCAGUAGUAUUGAAGGCAAAGCUCAUCGCGCAGUUGUUUGUUUUCACUCAGCGCAGUAGCAGAGCGGAGAGGAGAGGCGCGGGGUUGUGUAACGGUUACGUUUUUAAUCUUCAUUGCAUCUUUCCAGCCUCCUGCCAUGGCUCUGUGCAGUAGCGUCGGAGCCUUGGCGUUACCCAGCGAGCUUAUCGUUCACAUAUUCUCCUUCCUGUCGGACCGUGACAAGCUCCGGGCCUCCGCCGUAUGCUCUCGCUGGAGGGAGUGUCUCUUCUAUCCUGCGCUGUGGACGGAGCUCAAGCUGCGCGUCGGCGGCGGAACCAACGGCGGCGGAUCCGGAUCGGAACAGACCCCGCGGUUGGAGUUCCUCAUGCGCAAGUUCGGCUCGUUCGUGCGGGAGCUGCAGCUGGAGUUCGCCCCGCUGGACGGCUGUUUUAGCCCGCUGCAGCACGGAGUGGAAGCCGUCGAGAGCGACCCGCAGUUCGCGAAAGAUGCGACGGUGACAUAUUUGGAUCAGGUGUUGUGUGUGCUCGGCAGUCUGCGUAAUAACAGAAACCUCCAGAAGCUGAGUCUCUAUGGCGACACAUGCAUUCUUCAGGAUGAUGGCAUUUUGGACAGCUCUUACCUCAGCCAGGUUGACGAAGGGGGCAAGAAAAUGAAAGAGAUCCAGCAGCUCUUCGAAGAGUUCCUGUCCAACAGCAGGCAGUUGAAGUGGUUGUCCUCUGCGUUCAUGCUUGGUGUGGUGACCCCCUGCUCUCUGGCCUCUCUCUCUAACCCCAGCACCAGCUCCCUCGAGCACCUCAGUCUGAUCGACAACCAGCUGCCCAGCCUGAUUUCUACCGUGGAACUGGAAAGGCUCACUAACCUGCGGUCUCUGUCGCUGGACUUCUGCGAUUUCACCUCCGACAUGUGCCGUCUCCUCGCCGGCGGUGACCGAGCGCCCCUCCACCGCCUCUCCCUCUUGCUCAACGGCGCCGCUUUGGACGUCAAGCCUUUGGAUGGUACCACCACCGAGGACGACUGGAAAGCCCUGGUCCGUCGGAGCACCAACCUGCGUGUCUACAUCAUGGCGAUGGAUGUGUGCAGCCAGGACCUUCUGCGUGUGCUGAAGCCCAGCGUGCCCCUGGAGCGCAUCCAUCUGGACAGCUACAGCACCCUGGUGACGGAUGGUGUCGUGGAGCUCAUCUCGCAGCAGUACCACAAAACCCUGAGCCAUUUCAUCUUGAUGAGAGAUGACGCUGGGUUCCCAGACCUCAGCGUCAACCGCAACGAGGACCCGCUGGUUCUCCUCGCCUGGCGCUGUGUGCACCUCGCUGUCCUGAUCAUCCAUGGCUACACCGUGUGGUCUCACAACCUGGUGGCCAUCUCUCGCCUGCGUGGGUCCAACCUCAAAGUCCUGGAGGUGUCCGAAGAGAGCAUCGACUUUGACCCGGACCAGUCGGUGUACAUCGAGGGCGACCCCGUCCACAACCUGGUCAAGGAGGUGUCCCUGGGCUUGGGCCGUGUCUGGCAUCCCUCCAUAGACAACAGCGUGGUCCUGAACGAACCCACUCAGCACUUCCACCGCGAGAUGCAGAGUUUCAGCGCGGGCAUGUAGACGCACCAAGGGCCCGUUACCAAACGCCCUCUCUAACCCUGUGCUUGGUGAUAUUUCACUAAAUGGGCCCUUCUCAUUUUACACAUUGUUUCUUUUUCUUUCAUUGCUUUUUGAUUUUGUUUGUUUAUUCUUGUAGUGUGAAUUUAAUCCUUUAUAUGUGCUGUGUUUAAUCAGUAUUAGCUCUAUAUUUAUAUCUAUAUCUAUAUAUCCUGCUUAUUACUAGGAAAGUAUAGUUGGGUAUUGGUUUAGUAGCUAAUUGAGUGAAUGGUAGAGAGGGGCUUUUAUACAGCUAGCUUACGAGUUGUACAGUGAGUUGUUCAUUCUCUCGCUUUGUCUGUUUGUUGGUUUCCCCUUAGAAAGUGUGGAGUUACCUCAAACUAUCAGUUGAUCCUCCUUGGCUUCUGCAACGACGAAAUCCCACGUUCACGUUGACCUUUUUAUAGGGAGAUUAGUCUUCCAGCCAAGGGACAGGACUGAUCCACAGCAGUUACGACCCUUCCUCUUUGUUCCUCAAUAUGUAAUUGUUAUUCAGAAAUGAGGAUUGGUGGAAAUAACGUGUCCGGGAUGCAGAUCCCGCUGGUUUUUCUCAACCUGGAAGUAGACGCACCUCUGCUGGUGAAACCAAUCGUAGAGGUUUUCAGUCUGGUGUUUGACACCUGCAUGCUGACCGCCCUGCAGCACAAUAUCUGGGCCCAGCCAUAGGUGUUCUGUUCUUUUCUUGUUUUCUUUUGUGUGUGGUGUUGUUUUAAGAAGUCCUUCCCGUCUGUCUCAGGUAGGCAAAAAUUAUGACAAGGAAGAUGAAGAUGAAGGUUAAGAUAUUUUGGUAAGAGUGAAAACAAUCAGCUGUUCCGUCAGUUUUAAUUGUUCUUCUUGAGUCACAGUUGCCUUGAACUCCCCCUUACUAUUUCAUAAUCAAUGUGAUUUUGGCCUUGGACUCAGUCGGUUCGGAGUUAGCGUCUUCGUAAUUCCCUACCGAAGUGCAUCUACUAAAUUGCGCCAAACGCACUCCGAACAGAUUGAAUCCAGGUCGUGGCAUUUCAUCUGUAAAGCAUUAGAUGGCGGGAGACAGACGUUUGCUUGUUCCAUAUCUCAGGAUUCCUGCACUUGCGGUACUUUUCCAGCCGAAAGCUUUUGUUGAAGCUUCGUUCAGAGGGUUGGCGUGCUCGAUGGGCAAGACUUUGUAGUGUUUUUGGAGGAAAGAGAGCUCUUCCAAAAGAAUGCGCUUUAGAAGUUGCUGGUUUUAUUUUUCUUCCUGUGUCUAAUUUCCCUAGUUUAGCAAUUGAAGUUCUCAGUGUGUUGUUUGCUUUUACAUAUAUUGUCUGUUUGCUCUACUUUUUUUUUUUUUAAGAAAAUCAUAGUCGAAGGAGGUCGAGGUUGCUUGCGUAGCUGAAAAAGUGAAUGUCAAACUAAGCCUUCUUGAAAGCGGCAGCGUUUUUGCUCUGCAGAAUCCCCUCUUUCAUGAGCAUAUCUUUAUUUUGCCGUGCUCGAAUAAUGAAGUGAAUUGUCGAAGAGCGGAGUACUUUUUUAAAACCGUUAAGUUGCCUCGCUAUCCGUUACUCUGUCAGGCCUCAGAACUUCCUGUUAUUUGGCGGUAUCGACUACCUGAAGCCAAGCCAGGUUUGAAGCCAUCGCCCCAAUCUUCCUGGAAGAUCUGCGCUUAUGACAAAAACAACGUACAGCCAAAGCAAACCUUCGCAGCAUGAAAACCAUCUUUAUAUGCAAGCUUAUCAAGUGAGGGGUGACCUAGCAAUUUAGCCUACGAUCUUGUCUGGAUUUGUGGUCCAAAAAAGGUUUGAAGCAGUUAACCAAUGAGGUCGAACAACUCUUGGCACGUGCACAAAGGGUUGAUGUAAUUCGACGUUUUUUAAGUGCGAAGCAGAGAUCCAGCUUGACUAAAUAUUGACAAGUUUACAACCUAUUGUGGUACCCAUGUCAACAUUGGUGAAAACGGCAGAUUUUCGUGGUUGGUGGCACAGAACGCAAAAAGGGUCGAUGUGGUUUAAAAUCUGUUAAAUUCACUCCCUUUUUGGAUAAACCACAGAUUAAAAUGCUGUUUUCAGGUGCGUUGACAUAGGUGCCAAACAUGCUGUAAUGAAUAUGUCGGAAUGCUCUUAAACGUGUGCCAGGAUUCUGUGUGGUUGUUUUUUUUUUUUUGUUUGUUUUUUUUUUUUUUUAAGUUCAUUUCAAAAAGUACUUGGUACAGCACCAAAAAAUGAUUUCAGUAAGUGUGUUCUUAAUUCGGAGCUUGUUCGUUGUGCAUCGUUUUUUUUUUUUUUUUUUUCCCCAAACGACUAGAGUUGGCGGAGAACGACAGCAGACGACGCGUUACAAACCGCUAAAGCGUUCAUACCGUGCCUAAUACCCAGAAUAGCUUUCAUUUCAAACCCACAUCACCGUACGUUCCCGGUCGACCAAGUCUGCAAAGCGUUACAAAGACAUCAGUGUUUUCCAUCUCGUUUUUCUUCGCAAUCUCUCUAUGUAUGCGUGCGAGUGUGUUGUGUUAACGUUCAAAAAGUGCAUCCAUCAGAGAAGGAGGUGUGUGUUCAGUACAAAGCGUACCACUUCCUCAGCAGUGAACAGGAAACAGCCAUUCUCAGGGUUACUGUUAGACGUGUGGAGGAAACAAAACGAGUCCAAUAGCUCAGGCCUCUCACCAUGAAAGUUUCCAUUAACGAAGAAUCUUCUCAACAAAGUCACUGGAUAUAACUUCUGUCAGCGCAUCAUCUGCCAAAGAUAACGGUGAUACGUUUUUUUUUUUUUUUUUUUCCUCUUUUCUUUUUUUUCUUUCAAAGUGCCCGCAUGCUGGCAGAGGGCAGGGCCAAUGGCUGAUGGGCCGAGAUGUACUACUACUAUUGUAUUACGACAACUACUAUUAGGUAAAUGUACUAAUGGUUGAACUUGGGCGGUGGUCCACAGCUGUGCUGUGGCUUUGGUCAACAUACGUUAGAUCUCUCUUACAAUGCACCUGUUUCACUGUGAAGAGUGAAUGUAAUUUAACUAUUGAAAAUCAAGGUUGGUUCUAUCAGACCUAUAAGCUGCUAUGAGACGUGUUAGGAACAUUCCACUGGGGAGUUAAAACAAACUAAAAUGGCCAAAUGUCUGCAUGAAAUGAUUUAUUUUUUUACUCUUUUAUUCUGUUUCGGUUUGGGCAGGGGCGGGAUCCUGUAAUCAGCUUUCGACUGGUCCUACGAUGAAAUUCUUGAGCCAUUUCAGAGCAAGCGUAGGUUUUUAUUCCCGAUCGAUGCGACCAGUCGGUUGUUACAACUCAGUUGGAUCCCAGUUUGGCUUUUUUUUUUUUUUUUUUUUUUUUUUUUUUUUUUUUUCUCUUUUCGGAAACAUUAUAUGCAUUUCACAAUCUUGUAGUAAGGAGAAAGAGGGCUGCUAUGACCCCAUCUGAGACGGUCAGUGUUUUACAGCUUUUUUUCGACAGCUACCUUACCGAUCUAUCAACCUCGAUUAUCGCCAGCCUUUGGUAUAAAACGAACAGUCCGAGUUUCCACUGCAGGUCCAAUGCAGGCCUCUCUUCUCUCUCUUUCUCUCUCUGGUCGGCUUGCGUUAACGGCAAAGUCAAAAACUAUGCAAACGGAAUGCAUACGAUCCAAUGGCUCUUAACUCGUUUUUCUUUCUUUUUUUUUUGGAUUUCUUUUUUUCAUUUCUUUUUCUGUCACUCAAAUGGAAAUAACCUAACUUGCAAUGAUACUUGGCCUUAUUAUUGUUAUUAUUAUUGUUUUAAGAUCUUGAUUCUUCGGAAGCCAACUCAGUUUCAAGGGCGACCGUGGGUUACAGACAUGGUCUCUAUGAGACUGGCCAGAAGGCCCCAGUUAUAAGUGGUACGAAUGUUGUGCAUUUGUUUAAAAUCAGGACAGUUUGCAAUAAAGAAGUGGCCAUCAUGGGGCACCAGCAGUGCUAAGACCACGCUGCUACCUUAUAAACUUAACGGGGAGUUAAAAUAGAUAACACAAACAUGCAUAUGCGUAUAUAUGUCAACGUAUAUACUUUUAUGCAACACAUGUCCGGGUUCUAUUUAUGAACAUUUGAAAAAGUUUAUAAGCGUUGUUGUUUUGCAAAAAUGGUUUUACCAUCUUAAAUGUUAAAUAUUUGGGCAGGUGUGUUCUGUCUACUUUUUUGUCUCCAGUGAGCACAUAGCAUUGGAUUUUAUAUGUACAUCUGCAAACAGGAAGUACUCUGGCACAGGUGUGAACAUGCCAGGUGGGAAAAUUUUAAUGAGAAAGUGAUCUUGAGGUUCCACGAUAAAGAAGAAAAACUUAACUGACAGAUAUUGGGUAAACCAGCCGAAUGUUGAUUUGAAUCAAUGUUGAACGAAUGCGUUUUCUUUUAAUCGGUAAAAUAAAAGCAUAAAAAAAUCAACAUUGUCCCUUAUUUGUAUAGUUGUGUUGUAUAGUGCAUUUUUCUUUUCUUUAUGCUUCAAAAUGCAUACAGUGGUUACUCUUGUAAAGCUCAGUUUCUACUGAGUGAAAAAGAUUUUACUGCUUGUCCUUUUUUUUUUGGAAAUUAGGGAUGCAUAUGCUACUUAUUAAAAUGUGUAAAAUAUGUUCCAAAAACGGUAACUGUGUACCUUCUGUACUCUUGUUAUGAAAAUAACUUCUAUUACACACAAAGACCGUUUAAUGUUCUGCAAGUCUUGAAACAAGCCCUUGAUUACAGCAUAAAACAAAUGAAUACAUAAUUCUGGUUAUCAGGGAUGCACAACAUACUAGUACUACUGGUUGUGCGAUAGUAAAUUUAAGCAUAGCUUUCAGAUAAAUGUAUAAAAUAUGUUUUACUGGAUGUUUUUUGAUGCCUAAAAUUUAUUUGGUACACAAGUGACAACUGCAUAAAACUAAAAUAUUAGAAAGUAAUCAGGUAUAACAAACUUAUCAAAAAAAAAAUGGAAUCAAACAAUUUUGGUUCUUUCUUCGCACAGCAUUGUCAGAGCAAAAAAUCAAAUAUUUUUCAAAUGACAUCUUUAUUAAAUGUACAUCAUUUCAUCAGACCACCUAUUUUAAGGCAUGAGUUAUUAGAGGAAACUAUAUAAAUAUAUACGCUACAUGGACGGUUCUCUGGACUGAGUUGUUGUAAGUUAGUUAUCCAAGUCUUCUUUCAACAGCAUCCUAAUCACAAUAUAUACUUAGUAGACUCUAUAUUUACAGUUUGACAAAUGUGAGGACCUUUUUAUUAACUACCUUCAAUUAAAAAAAAAAAAAAAAAAAAAAAAAA